AUGUCGCGCAAGCGCAAGGCCUCUUCUACGAUAUAUACAAGCCACGGAAGCCACAAACGAAAGAAACGGUGGAGAUAUCAGCACGUCGUUCAUUCAAGCGACACCGAGACAGACAACGAUAGUGAAGCUCUAGGUGCAGACGAGUGGCUUAUCAACUGUAUACUUGACGAGUCCGAAUCGCAGUACCUGAUUGACUGGGAAGGACCGUGGACGCCUACUUGGGAACCGAAGGAAAACGCCAACGACGUUGCCGUGCAAGUUUGGGAGGACAAGAAGCGAAGAGAUCAGGUCCAAGAGGAAUUUGUUCGAUGUAACACUCCACUACCAUUACCACCAACACCGCCACCCGGCUCCAGUGUUCAAGAACGCUGUAGAGACUCUUUGGGUCCCAAUUUCAGUCAGCCCCAGACAGAAGCCCCGACUGACGAACCCCCGCCUAGACAGUCCCCAACCUCCCCUCCCUUUGUUCUACCCAGCACUGAACCAGAACCUAGUCUGUGUCUGGAUGACGACGCCCGCGGAAUUCUGAGGAGUUCCAGUGUUAAUACAGAAGUGCCCAGUCACCCGCCGCAGUCGGAUAUUGACAACCUACUUAACCCGGAAGUGCUUCCGACUGCCCGUGCCACUGAGGUCCCUGCUAUCUUCUCGACUCCUCGCGAACCCAGAGUAUCGGACGAAGUCGAAGAGACGCCGACCACGCCUUGCCGUGCUGGAAACACAGGCACACCGAACGUCGCUGAAGGGAUCCCUGAAACUCCGCAUAACGAAUCUUCCGCUGCGCCGGCGAACAUACCCGAGUUAUUGCCCGCCAACCCGGCCGAAGGAGCUGAUGAAAUACCCGAAACUCCGCCUGGCCUAGUUGAUGAACCCCAGCUAUUCAGACGUGCGAGUACAGUACCCGAGUCAAUUGCUGUAAACAGUACGCACACUCCAGCAGCUCGUAUUUCCCCGGCGCCAAGUUUUCGUUCAUUAGUCGACCAAUUAAUAAGCUCAAUAUCGAGACCCAGCAUGGAUACUCAAGAGAAGGAAGGACCGUCGCUGUCCGAGACCAUGGAGAAAUACAGCCAAUUCGAAGGGUCCACACCGAGGGAAAAGCUCAGGAAUGCAUAUGCACAAUUGCGCGCAAAAGCGAACCCUGGCCCGGAGUCAAGUGCGACGCCAUCCUCUGCUGGAGACAUAGAGCCUUCGGCUCCUGUUUCUAUACCUGAGACCACAGCUCCUCUCAGUGUUCGGGUCGAUAAGGAACCGACACAUCCUAAAGAUAAUGAAGCGAACCAGGAUACUACAAUACCCCCUGUCGAGCCUGAGGAGAUAGGACCUCCUCAGACGAUUCAGCCGAGCGCAUUGUCAAUGCACUUCGCGGAAGAGCCAACACCUGGUUCGGUCCAUCUUGGGCCGUCGGAGUUUGCUGUGCCUCUUCCAAUGGACUCCAGAGUCAAAGAUGACUAUGAACGGGUCCUGACCAGCGAAAGCCAGAGUAUUCGCGAUUUUCUCGGUGUAACAAGCUCCCAACCCGACACUACAGAAUAUCAGAUGCAUGAUAUACUAGAUCGUUUGAGCAACAUUUCUACACACCCAGAUUUGAACAUUGCGGAACACAUCAACUCCGAGUCGGACCUAGGGAGGGAAGCUGCUUGGGCUGAGUAUUCAAGCGCGAAAUUCUUGCUCUUAAGCUACCUCUUAGAGACAGCGAGCAUGCGCGAUAUACAUUUGGUUAUUAUGGUGCAAGGAGAGAAGACCCAGCGGGUGGUUGAACGUUAUUUGAUGGGCAAGGGCCUGUUGUAUACCCGUCCACGCCAGGAAAUGGGAUCGGGCACGAAUAUCGAGGUUUCCAUGGUAAAGGAUUCCUUGAGUUUUGGGAUUCAAACCACGCGCAAUGAUGGGGUUAUGGAGACCUAUAAGCCUCCUGCCGCUAUCAUCGCUUUAGAUAAGUCUUUCAGCAGCAAGACGCCCACAGUGGAACACAUGCGAACCACGUUUGCUCGCAACGGAAAUCUGCUUCCGGUGGUUCGUCUUCUAGUGUCAAACUCCAGCGAGCAUAUCGAGCUUUGUUUCCCCGGUCUGUCAGAGCCCGAACGUCUUAGGACAGUCUUGCAAUACUCCAUACGUCUCCGUGACGUAGUUGGUGACCUUCAAGAUGACGCUCUUGGAGUACAGGAGGAUGCAGAGGAACUUCUCUCCUGCCUUGUCUCGGAUAAUUUCAACGCUCAUUGGUCUCUACCUCACAUUGAGCCUUUGCACAUUCUGAGCCCCGAACAACUUGAGUCGUCUCAACAAGAGCUGCAAAGCCGACCUGGUGUCGACAUUCAGCUGACGAAUCCUCAAGCCCAGAAACGAGCAUUCGCAGAAGAUGAGGUCGAACAAUCAGCCAAGAGAAUGAAAACGGAAGAGCCGACGCAAGAGCCAACCCAGUCCACUGAAUCAACUGGAUUUCCUAGUCAACCAUUAAACGGUGGGCUCCAAACACUAGAAAAUCACCUUGUUCAGAUGCAGAACUCGCACGCAGCAGAGCUCGAAAAGCUCCAGAAAGCUCUCGCAGGAGCCCAAGCCCGUCUUCAGGAAAGAGAGAACGUGCUGGAAAAGCUGCAGCACCGUUACGAGACAAGAACCAAAGACUUCCACAAACUCCGACGGGAGCAUGACCGUCUCACCCAAGCUAAGACCACAUCCGACCAGCGAGUCGAAAAGCAGAAGGAAGAGCUCAUGAAAUUGAAGGACGAACGGACCCAGCUCCGACACGAACUCGAAGAGGCCCGCGCAUCCCUCAAAGCAGGCGGGGGCAGCGCAGCCGAACUCGAAUCAGCAAGGGAAGACAUUCGGCGUCUGACUAAAGACAAUGCAUCGCUAGAACGCAAAGCCGAGUACGAAGCCCGACAAGCGGAAUACACGCGCGAACAGUACCAGACCGCCUCGACAGUGGCCGCACAAUCAGGCAACGAGCUUCGCCAACUGCGCAGCGAGAACGAAACCCUGAAACGGAAGGUCGAAGGAGACGCCACCCAUCUGCGCGAACUCAACGCGAAGAACGACGAAGCCCGCCAUCUCGCGCGGGUUCUCGAACUCGAAGCAACCCUCACGUCCCGCGAAGAUCUGCUCCGCCGGAAGGAAGAAGAACUUCGGGAAAUUCGGAAAAAUCGCCCGUCCACUCGCUCAACCAGCACACAGCCGCGAAGCCCCAAAUGGACUGCAGGUAAUAGCCGGCCCACGAGUCCUGGCAUCAACAAUGGUUCAUCGCUUGCAGGUCGCGGUAGUGCGCUCAGAUUCAGCUCCGAAAUGCCUCUUUAG